AAUUGAUAAGCUUUACAUAAGAACAUUCAACACCUAAAAACUAUGGGAGGAGAGGAAGACCAACUAACUGGUGACUUGGGAUAUAAUGGAUUUGAGGUGUCACUCAAUUACUUUACAUCACUCCCAGAUGUUGUUCUGAUAGUAAGUUCUGAAUUGACUGUUAUUUUCAAAUCAUUCCUAAAGAAAGAUCCAAAGACCAAAGAAAAAGCAUUAACUGAUUUCAUUACCUAUUUGGAGUCUAGUGAAAAUGAAGCUUCCAUAUCUGACUAUUUAACAAUUUCUGCAUGGAUUCAGACGUAUCCUAAAUUGGCCAUUGAAAACUCAAGGAAUAUCAGAGUAUUGGCUCAUCAGGCGCAAGCAACCUAUUUGAAAAAAGUUGGAGGUAAGACAUUCAGCAAGUAUUUGAAGAGUUGUUUGCCAGUGUGGUUAUUAGGAGUAUUUGAUGCAGAUAAAAGUGUGUCUUCCACAGCAUACACAGGCUUACUUGAAUCAUUCCAAAAUGAUAAAUCAAGAGUGGAUGAGAAAAUUUGGAUCAUAUUUGCAGAUGCAAUUCUCAACUUAAUUGCUACCAUUGUGGUAAUAGAAGGUCCAGAAACCAUGUCUGACAAGAGAUACACAAGUGAAUCUGAAAUAAGUUUAAAGUAUGACAGAGCAUUAAGCAGUAGUUUAAGCAUGUUAAUGAAAUUGAUUUCCCUAAUCAAUGACGACAAGUUAACUAUUGAUUCAAAAGAAGAUUUAAAUAAAAUUGAAAAUAUUUUGAACCUGGAACUAUUAUGGGAUAAGUUAGGUUCUUCUAUCAAAGGGGAUACAAUGAAUCUCCCUCUUUUCAAAUCACUUUUGAUGCUACUUUCAAGAGUUUUUGAUAUGAACAAGACCAAUAAAUUUAUUGCUCAAAUCAAAGAUAUCAAGGGAAUCUACAAAACAAUUUCCAAAAGGUUCUUUAAAAUAAAACUAGUCAAUGAUUCCAAAUCAUCUAGUGGUGCCAUUAUAUAUUCAAAUGUUAUUCUUCAAUUUUGGAGUACUAUUAUUACCUUGACUGAUUUUAGCAUAAAAGCAAGUGAUCAAGGAUUUAAAGUAAAGAAAAAUUUCUGGAAUUUAGGAGGAAGCAAAGCCGUUGGUAGAUUCUACGAAUACUUAAGAAUUGGAAGUUGUAAUCUGGACCCUAUCUAUUACCAACUUAUUUGCAAACUCUUUGAUGUUUUUCAGGUAUUAUAUGAAAAAGAAGAGGAGGCUGCUGUUGUUGACUUUGUUAGUGAAGAUGAAUUCGAAUAUAUCACUGGCUUAUUUUUAAAGCAGUUUACAUCAAACCAACCUAGGUUUAAAGCAUCAGCUUUA